GGAUCAUUUCUGCUACUUCCUUCGGUCUUCCUUCCCCAUAUACCAAUGGUAUGAUGUCAAGUGUGUAGAUAUAUUUCACAUAUACAGUAUAUAGAUACAGAUACAGAUACAGAUACACACAGUCACACACACACAGGGAGAGAUAUGGAGAGAGGAGGCAUUGAAGAUGGAGAGACAUCGAUACCCCUGCUUCUCAGUGAAAACCCCUCUGAGAGUAGUGAUUCCUCAUCCCAUGCCACAGCUGUGGUUGUGCUCAGCACUUUGGUCGCCGUCUUUGGUUCUUAUGUUUUUGGCUCUGCUGUGGGAUAUUCUUCACCUGCUCAGUCUGGAAUAAUGGAUGACCUUGGUCUCUCUGUGGCAGAGUAUUCAGUUUUUGGUUCAAUAUCGACUGUUGGAGCAAUGUUGGGUGCAGUAAUGAGUGGGAAGCUAGCAGAUCUAUUUGGCCGGAGGGGUACAAUGGGAUUUGCAGAGGUAUUCUGCAUCAUAGGGUGGCUUGGAAUAGUAUUAGCAAAGGGUGCUUGGCUCCUUGACCUUGGAAGAUUUUUGGUGGGAUAUGGAAUUGGGCUUCUUUCAUAUGUGGUACCUGUAUAUAUAGCAGAAAUAACACCGAAGAAUCUUCGAGGAGGCUUUACUGCCGUUAAUCAGUUGAUGAUAUGUAUUGGCGUAUCAAUAACGUAUCUCAUUGGAACUUUCAUCUCCUGGCGCAUGUUGGCUUUAAUUGGAACCAUUCCAUGUGUACUGCAACUUCUUGGUUUGUUCUUCAUUCCGGAGUCUCCUAGGUGGUUGGCAAAGAAUGAUCGGUGGUUAGAUUGUGAAGCUGCAUUACAGAGGCUUCGGGGCCAGAGUGCAAAUAUUACUGAAGAAUCUACAGAAAUUAGAGAUUAUACAGAAACUCUUCAAAAGUUAGCAGCAGCUAAAGUGCUUGACUUGUUCCAGAGGAAAUAUGCUCACUCCCUCAUCGUUGGAGUUGGUCUAAUGGUAUUGCAACAGUUUGGAGGUGUCAAUGGUAUUGCAUACUAUGCAAGUGAUAUUUUCGAAUCAGCCGGUUUUUCUGGCAAAGUUGGGACUUGGGCGAUGGUGGUUGUUCAGGUUCCCAUGACGUUGUUGGGUGUGCUAUUAAUGGAUAAGUCCGGACGAAGAGUGCUCCUUAUGAUUUCUGCAGCAGGAACAUGCUUGGGUUGCUUCCUGGUCGGAUUAUCAUACUUGUUGCAGGAUCUUCAAGUGUGGAAGGAUUUCAGUCCCAUCAUGGCCCUUGGUGGUGUGCUGGUGUUUACGGGGUCCUUUUCAUUAGGCAUGGGCGGAAUUCCAUGGGUGAUAAUGUCAGAGAUAUUUCCCAUAAACGUGAAAGGUUUGGCUGGAAGCCUUGUUACAGUAGUCAACUGGCUCGGGACUUGGAUUAUUUCAUAUACCUUCAACUUCUUAAUGGACUGGAGCUCAGACGGGACAUUUUUCAUAUUCGCAAGCGUAAGCGGAUUAACCAUUCUGUUUGUGGAUAAGCUAGUCCCAGAGACCAAAGGGCGGACUCUGGAAGAAAUACAAGCAUCAAUGAAUCCUUUUACGGCCAAAAAAUAGUUUUGCCAUUCUUUGUAACCGUAAAGCCAUUGUUUCGACACAUCAAGCCUGUCUCUAUUACUAGGAAUUCUAGCUUAAGUCAUCCCACGGCUUGGUUUGUUUCGCGUUUGGGUAAUAAGGCCUAUAAAGUUCCUCCCGGGAAAACAUUGCUGCAUGGAGAAAGGAUUAAGCAUUUUUUUUUUUCAGCCCUUGAAGAGACAGGCAUUUCAGUUUGGGCCAUAUAUGGUACUCCUUGUCAUGUAUUUCACUUCCCGGUAUGAUGUUCCAUUGGAUAUAAUUGCUGCAGGAAUUUAAACAGAAACUCUUGACGUGAUUUUUUU